AUGACUUCACGAACACUCAUUAUCGCGCCGCCCUCAGUUGCGGCGCACCCCGAGAGACUGGACAGCAUAUACGAGAUCUAUGACCGCUCCUCGACCGACUUGCAGAUGCUGGACCGCAUUGCGGCAGGUCUGGUAAACCUCCCGUCCUCCACAUACGAUGUCGUGCUCCUCCUCACCGACGCCGCUGGCACCUCGCGCGAAAGCCAUGCACUCCUCGUACGCGAUGUCAUGCACAAGAUUGUCGGCGCCCUGAAAGUAGCCGGUGUCUUCAAGAGCCAGGACGGCGCACUGCAAGGCUCAGAGAAGACAGAGGCCAUCCUCGCAGGCCUAGUAGAGGGCGCAGAGGGCAUGACAAAGCCCGCACAGGAGGAGCCUGUAUCGAUAGCCUUGAAGUUUGGCAGGAAGAAGGCAGCGAACGGUGUGAAUGGCACAAAUGGCGUCAACGGCACACACAACACCAACGGCGCCGUCCAGGAGGUCAACGCAGACGGAUCCGUCCCGCUGAACCUGAACCGCAUCAACCUGAACGGCAAGCGGCCCUCACCUGAGCCCGUCUCCGCGAAGCCCUCAGGUGUGGGCUUCGUCGACUUCAGCGACGACCUCGACGAUCCUAUAAUCACCGGCAAAGACGACGACCUGAUCGACGAAGACGAUCUCAUCACAGAAGAAGACAUGGCCCGCCCUGUCAUCCAGCCACUCGAAUGCCGCCCCAAGCCCGGCAAGCGCCGCCGCGCCUGCAAAGACUGCACUUGCGGCAUGAAAGAGAAACUCGAAGCCGAAGACGCUGCGAAGCGCGCAGACGCCGACAAAGCACUCAACACGAUGAAGUUCGGCGCCGACGACCUUCUCGACGAGGUGGACUUCACAGUGCAGGGUAAAGUCGGCAGUUGCGGCAACUGCGCGCUGGGGGAUGCAUUUAGGUGUGAUGGGUGUCCGUAUAUUGGACUGCCGGCGUUCAAGCCGGGUGAGGAAGUUAGGCUGCUGAACAACGAUAUUCAGUUGUAG